CACGGGCUCGGGAUAAAAAACAGCGGCGGGCACCGCGAGCAGGAUCCCGCCUCAGCCCCGUGCCCGCGCCAGGCCGGGCGGGGCGGCCCCGGGAUCGAUGUGUCGGCGCUCGCAGGCGGCGGCGGCCAUGGCGCUCAGCGGGGUGCGGGUGCUGGAGCUCGCCGGGCUGGCCCCGGCGCCGCUCUGCGGGAUGAUCCUCGCCGACUUCGGGGCGCGGGUGGUGCGGGUCGACCGCCCGUCCCUCUCCCCCGUGGCCUCCGACGUGCAGGGCCGCGGCAAGCUCUCCCUGGCGCUCGACCUGAAGCGGCCGCAGGGAGCCGCGGCCCUGAGGCGGCUGUGCCGCGGGGCGGACGUGCUCAUCGAGCCCUUCCGCCACGGUGUCAUGGAAAAACUUGGACUUGGUCCAGAGGUCCUUCUGCAGGAGAAUCCCAGCCUCAUCUAUGCUAGACUUACUGGAUUUGGCCAGACAGGAAAAUAUGCCAAGUCUGCAGGUCAUGACAUCAAUUAUUUGGCUUUAUCAGGUGUGCUGUCAAAGCUCGGUAGAAAAGAUGAAAACCCUUACGCACCCGUAAAUCUUCUGGCAGAUUUUGCUGGUGGAGGUGUCAUGUGUGCGUUGGGCAUUGUUAUAGCCCUUUAUGAACGUGCCACAUCUGGCAGAGGGCAGAUCAUUGAUGCAAGUAUGGUAGAAGGAGUAGCAUACCUAAGUUCUUUCCUGUGGAAAUCGCAAAAUGUAGGAAUUUGGAGCAGACCUCGAGGUGAAAACCUGCUAGACGGUGGUGCGCCUUUUUAUGAAAUCUACAGGACCUCCGAUGGAAAAUUCAUGGCUGUUGGUGCCCUUGAGCCUCAAUUCUAUGAGCAGUUAAUAAAGGGUCUUGGGUUAGAUUCAAAUGAACUUCCCAUUCAGUCUAGUUUCUCCGACUGGCCCGAAAUGAAGAAAAAAUUUGCAUCUAUAUUUGCACAGAAGACACAGGCUGAGUGGUGCAGCAUAUUUGAUGGUACUGAUGCCUGUGUGACCCCUGUUUUAUCCUUCGAUGAUGUUGCCUCACAUCAGCAUAACAAACAAAGAAGGUCUUUUAUCAAAAAUGAUCAGGGAGAGAUAAGUCCUAGACCUGCUCCUCUUUUAUCAAGGACUCCUGCUGUUCCAUCGUGUAAAAGAGAUCCUUUUAUAGGAGAACACACGGAAGAGAUACUUCUAGAAAAUGGGUUUACUAAGCAAGAGAUUGCUAAACUUCAUUCUGAUAAAAUAAUAGGAUUUGGUAAACCCAAAGCUAAUUUAUAAUCUCUGACUGUGCAUAUCAUACAAAUUUAAGACUGAUAGAGUAAUUUUUUAUGCAUUAAAAUUGAAUUAUAUGACAAAUAAAUGUUUGCAUGAUAUUGCUUUUAAAUAAUAUAUAUCUUUUUAAAUUAUUUAAAUUUUAAAUAUAAUUGAAAACAGUGAGAGUUAUGUACAUGGAUCAUCUGCUCUCCAGAAUGAUACCAUAAUUGUGUUCUGAAGAUCUACACAGGCUGUUUAGUAAGCACCUGUACAUUCUCAGAAUUUUUGUUUAAAUAUUGAAUCCUGUGGCUUGUUUCUUUUAAUUCUUAGUUACACCAUUGCUUUGUAAUAUAUGUUGCAAUUACAUGAAGGCAAUACUUUUAAUAAAAUUUAAUUAUAUUCUUUGUAAA